AUGGAUAAAAUGAAAAUGAACUCCACUGUGAGUGAAUUUUUGUUCCUGGGGCUUUCCUCUGAUCCAGAGAUACAGCUCCUUCUUCUUGUCCUGUUCCUCUUCUUCUACCUAAUAACAGUGGCUGGGAAUGUUCUUAUCAUCACUGUCAUCCAGAUAGAGCCUCGUCUCCAAACCCCCAUGUACUUCUUCCUCACUAAUUUGUCCUUUCUGGAUAUUUGCUACACCUCCACCAAUGUCCCACAAAUGCUGUCCAACAUGGCAGCGAGGAAGAAGACCAUCCCGUUCUCUGGCUGUGCUGCUCAGAUGUACUUCUCUCUCUCCUUUGGCAUGAUUGAAUGUGUUCUUCUGGGAGUCAUGGCUUAUGACAGAUAUGUAGCCAUCUGCCAUCCUCUUCACUACACUGUCAUUAUGGACCAGAACACCUGUGUCCAACUGGCAACUGUGUCCUGGUGCAGUAGCUUCCUGAGUUCCAUGGUCAUCAGUGCCCUCACCUUGACUUUGCCCUACUGUGGGCCCAAUGUCCUGAAUCACUUUUUCUGUGAGGUGCCCUCGGUUCUCAGGCUGGCUUGCACUGACACGUCGAUUACAGAACUGGUUGUUUUCAUCUUCAGUAUCGUCAUUGUCUUCAUCCCCUUCCUCCUCAUCGUUGUUUCCUAUGCCCAGGUACUUCUAUCUGUCCUGAGGAUGCCGUUGGCCUCGGGGAGGCACAAGGCACUGUCCACCUGCACCUCCCAUCUGACAGUGGUGGCCUUGUUUUAUGGCACGGCCAUCUUCAUGUACAUGAGACCUCAGUCCAAGUCCUCCCGGGCUGGGGGCAAGGUCAUUGCAGUGUUCUACACUGUGGUCACACCCAUGCUCAACCCCUUGAUCUACAGCCUGAGGAACCAGGAUGUGAAAGGAGCUCUGAAGAGAGCACUUACAAAACAGAGGAAGUGA